AUGAAUAAUAUUGACAUAAGUCGCUACAAACGCAUGAUACAGUACUUCUGGGAUGCCGAGCCUAAGAACGAACAAGGCCCAGGCUCACGAAUAUGGUGUUUGGGUAGGGAAUACGUGACGCCAGAAUACCCCACAGGCAGCAACAGCAGCAACAGCAACAGCAACGAUGACAGUGCGACAACAGCUACAAGCAACAAGGAUAACUCACAGGAAGAAGACGGAGCAGAAGAAAACGUCCAGUCAAAGGACCUGGGCUGGCCCCAAGCCUUCCUGGACGACUUCGAGUCCAGGAUCUGGAUGACGUACAGAUCCAACUUCCCGCCCAUCGCGAAGUCGGAAGAUGUGAAUGCCGCGCAGGCCAUGACGCUCAGUGUCCGCCUACGAAGCCAGCUCACAGAAGGAUUCACCUCCGACACUGGCUGGGGCUGCAUGAUACGCUCCGGCCAGAGUCUUUUAGCCAAUGCUCUAGCCAUAUCGAUGCUUGGCCGAGAUUGGCAUCGAAACAAUAAUCGGACGGACGAAGCCAAGUUACUCUCGUUAUUCGCAGAUGAUCCCGCGGCGCCGUUUUCAAUCCAUCGCUUUGUCCGACAUGGAGCGCUGUUCUGCGGGAAGCAUCCCGGAGAGUGGUUUGGACCGUCCGCCACGGCCUCAUGCAUACAGGCGCUAUCCGACGAAUACAAAGACGCGGGCAUGAACGUCUACGUGACGAGCGACAGCUCCGAUGUCCAUGAGGACAAAUUCAAAGCAGUGGCCUGUAGCAGCAGCAGCAGCAACAACAACCGAAUAAUGCGCCCUACGCUGAUCCUCAUCGGAACAAGACUAGGAAUCGACCGUGUAACUCCCGUAUAUCGAACGGGACUGACAUCAUUACUCAAACUGCCGCAGUCCCUAGGAAUUGCAGGUGGCCGUCCCUCGGCAUCACAUUACUUCGUUGGCGUUCAAAAUUCGCAUUUCUUCUACCUCGAUCCUCACCAUACCCGCCCCGCGCUGCCGUACAAGGGCAAAGAUGAAGCAUACCGUUACACGCAAGAGGAACUUGAUAGCUGCCAUACGCGUCGGCUUCGGCGACUCCAUAUUGACGAUAUGGACCCCAGCAUGCUUGUUGGAUUUCUGAUCAGAGAUGAAGAUGACUGGCUUGACUGGAAACGGCGGCUCUCAGCGCUCGGGAAGAACGGGAAAGCAAUUGUUCAUAUUGUUAACUCAGAGACUGUGCCGAUGACGACGACUGAAAGAGAAGGGGCACUCGAUGAGGUUGAAGCGCUCGACAGCGAGCUCGAAGAGUAG